AUGGACGAGGGAUUCCAGGGCAUUGCUGGAGAGCCAGGUCCAGAUGGCCCCUCAGGACCUCCGGGCCCACCUGGACGGAUAGGACCAACAGGUAUCCCUGGGCCUCUGGGAGAGAGGGGCUUCACUGGGAAGGAAGGUGUGGAGGGCCCACAGGGCUCAGUAGGCACAUAUGGUUUCCCGGGUAACGUGGGAAUGCGUGGUACAACAGCUCACAUGGGAGAGAGGGGAGAGACCGGCGUGAGAGGCCUGCCUGGUCCUUCUGGGAAGGCUGGACCUCCAGGUUUAUCAGGACCUCCUGGGGAGAGAGGCCKUCCAGGACCUCAGUCCAUGCUUUUCCUCCUUAAUGAUCUCUCUUGGUUUUCUCGUCAGGGUCGGKUGGGGGAUCUGGGACCCACAGGGUCAGGGGGCCUACAGGGACCCCCGGGUCUGCAGGGUUCAGAUGGAGGGACAGGGAAGCCGGGGCCCAGGGGAAGCAGAGGGCCUCCGGGGACACAAGGUCCUGACGGACCAGCAGGAACCUCAGGAAUUUCAGGUGCUGGUGGACUCAUAGGACCAGCAGGGGAAAGAGGAGAAAUGGGUAUGCUGGGACCUCAUGGGGAUCUUGGUCCUCCUGGACUGGAUGGGGAACAGGGUACUCCUGGCCAAUCAGGGUUGGAGGGGCCACCAGGAACGAAAGGGGAACAGGGGGACCUAGGGCCUUGUGGGAAGUUUGGUCCUCCAGGGCAGCCUGGAGAUCGAGGCCUACAGGGGCUCAAAGGGUUGCAAGGCUCUCGUGGACAAAUGGGAAAAGAGGGUGAUGUUGGACCUACUGGCGAUGCUGGUGGUCCAGGUUUCAAAGGGGAGAAGGGUGAUGUGGGGCCUCUGGGGCCAACAGGGCGGAAUGGUCCAUGGGGGGCGCUGGGGGAGAAUGGGGAGAAGGGACCAAAAGGAGAAAAGGCCCACAUCGGACUUAUGGGUCAGCCAGGAUUUAUGGGAGGACUAGGACCUGCAGGCUUGUCAGGGCUACAGGGUAUCAUGGGCCUCAGGGGGCCUCCAGGGCCAGAUGGACCUGAAGGAGAGAAGGGCCAGUCUGGGUCUGGCGGAGCCAUCGGACGUCCUGGCAGAACAGGGCCUCCGGGGGUGGCUGGAGUCUCAGGGGUCAGAGGUGACCCAGGGAAGCCAAGAGCACAGGGUCCAGUUGGGAAGGUUGGGCCUGAGGGAGACUUGGGCCAUAAAGGUGAGCCAGGGCCAGACGGGGAAAAAGGGGAGCCAGGGGGAUCAGGCGAGCCAGGAGAACAGGGGCUCGACGGUCUGCCAGGCAUCAGAGGGCCACCAGCACUUCCUGGUUUAGAGGGGCUACAGGGUGAGGUGGGAGCCCAGGGGCCAGAAGGUCCCGUUGGGGUGCUGGGUGUCAGGGGAAGCCAAGGACCUGAGGGACAACAGGGACUGAAAGGAGAGAAGGGAGAUGACGGCAGAGAUGGAUCACCUGGAAAGACAGGUCACAUCGGAAGGAGGGGGAAAAGAGGCAAGGCUGGAAUCAGGGGCACAAGAGGAGAGAGAGGACCAAAGGGGAAAAGGGGAAAUGUGGGAUUGAUUGGUCCUCCAGGAUGGGCAGGGUCUAUAGGAAUCCCAGGCUUGCGAGGAGACGGAGGGGAUCAGGGUGAUAAAGGGAGCAAGGGAGAGAAAGGGGACAUAGGGCCGCUCGGUCCACCAGGGGGUGAUGGCCUAAAGGGUAGUCAGAGUCCUGUUGGGGUGCCAGGACAGACAGGUCCAAAGGGAGAUCAGGGGAAUAUUGGACCUUCUGGGCCAAGAGGAACACCUGGGAUGCCAGGACUACCUGGUUUGUUUGGAGAAAAGGGUUUGAAAGGAUUUGAGGGAUAUCCUGGGCAACCUGGUAAGAGGGGCCUGCCGGGGGCACCUGGACUCCCAGGACUUCCAGGUCCUUCAGUGAAUAUGACCCUCACUCAACUCAAGGACCUGAUGUACCUGUCAGACAAGCCCAACUACCCCCUGAUCCAGACCCUYCUGGACUCUCUGCACCAGGACCUGAGGCUGCUGCUGGACCCACCUGACGGCAGCAAGGAGCACCCUGCCACCACCUGCCUGGAGCUGUGGCUCUGCCACCCUGAUUACACUAGUGGGAUGUAUUACAUUGAUCCUAACCAGGGCAGCCCUGCUGAUGCUCUCCUGGCCUACUGCAACUUCUCUGGCACAGCCGCACACACCUGCCUUCACCCCAGAGACGCCCAGAUGCCCACGAAGGCCUGGCUUAUGGAUUCAGAGACAGACAGCUCAUUCCAAUGGCUCAGCAAGCAGGAACAAGGAUUUCAGUUCUAUUAUCCAGGGGCCAAUGUGGUCCAGAUGCGUUUCCUGAGGUUGCAGAGUUGGAGAGCCUUGCAGAAGAUCACCUACACCUGCCACCCGGGACACAGACUGGGCCACACAGACAGAGAGGUCAAGUUCCUGACAGACACAAGGAGACAGAGUUACUUAGGAGCUCUUAACGACUGCAUUCCGGGAGAAGAGGUGGACUCGCUGGAGCCGCGGGAGUCUGUGUUUGAAUUUGAGGACCURAACCUGCUUCCUGUGAGAGAUGUGGCUGUGUUCGGGGGCGGAAAUGUCACACGCGAGUUUGGCUUCACCAUCGGGCCCGUGUGUUUCAGCUAGAGAGGGAGACAUGGGGCCUAUAGGCUCAUUUCCCACCCCCUUGGACACACCGAGGGAGGAUAAGAGACUGUGUUCAGGACCCCAAGACAGCUAGAGAACAAGAAGACAAAGGGAAUCAAUCCCUCUGGCAUUUUGUGAUCACUCCUCUUUCCAUUUGAUAUUUUUGGUGGAGAUCAAUCAAUUCUCUAAUUGACUGUCUCCACAUAAAUUUCUCUUUGAGCGUGCAUCAAUUUCCAAAGUUCUUUUGGACAAUUGUGUUUUCGUUUACAGAGACGUUUAUCAUGUAAUGAAUAUAUAAUAUAAUGUUUUGAUUUCUAUAUAAAAUGGUUAUUUUGAAUCUUUUUCCAUUUGUUUUCACAGCAACAGUUUAUUAUGCUGUAAAGCUUUCCAUAAUAGCCAACGACCUAUUUUGUAUAUGAACAGUCCUAUGCCCUAAUGGUCUGUUUUGUAUCCGAUGCAGUGGAUUCAACCUCUCAACAAUGUGUUCCAUUUGGACACAGCUCACGUUGUCCUGUAGGUCAUCCCUGACCUACAAAGGUGCUCACUGACAAACCACUGCUUGUACUUCAGGAGCCAAGGAACUCGCUUUUGCGUUGUUGAACUUGUUUCUUUAGAUUAGAUAAUGACCAACCUGUUCUAAAACCCGGAUCUCUUGCAAUUAACUGAUUCCCUCCCUGUUGGCAGUGAUGGAAGCAACAAAAAAUAAUAUUUCAGCCAUCCUUGACAUUUGUACAGUUACUGGCCUAUUUUUUAUUUGUAAAAAACCAUUCUUGUGGUACAGUCUCAGGUGCAGUCUUGAUAUUCAACAUGGCACUGAAGCUGCUGUGCACACUACGUGAUGUAUAUUACGUGCAUUCAAAACAUAACUCAAUUGAAGUGCUAUAGAUCUAUUUCAGGUGUUCUAAUAAAGAGGCAUUAUGUUGGACUGCUGGCUCUCCCGCCCAAGCACUUUAGCACUGAGCAAUUGCUUUCCAAGUCAUCAUUUCAUUCAAUCAAUUAGCCUAAGUGAAGAAGCAGCAUACCCUGUCCCUGCAGCUGCUCAGCAAUGCCAGGAUUGCUCAAGAGGUGGGGGUUCAUUAUUGGCCUGUGUUCACAAAGUGUUUCAGACUAUGAGUGCUGAUCUCAGAUCAGUUUAGCCAGAUCAGUUUAGCAGUGCAUUUAAUUUUUUUUCCAUCAUAUUUUUCAUCAUAAAGCAAUUCACUAUUGUAGUCGUCUGUCUCUACAGAUGUAGGAUCUUAAUUUGAACACUCUUUUGUUGCUGAAAAUUUGCAAACCUAUAGUGUAUUAAUGUCCAUUAAUUAUAAUCCACAUAACAAUUCACAUUUCAUGUUGCUGCAGGAUUAUUUUCCUCCUGUAGCUA